AUGGCGGGUAUCAUGGUGUGGGCUUCUCUCAGCGCUCUCCUCUCUCUGGUCGGGUGUCCCGCGUGUGUCCUCGUCCUCCGUCCUCUGUACAGAAGACUCAAAGCAGGAACCCCGUUCUCCCCCAACGACUUCUUCAUGCUCAACCUCACCGUCAUGGACUUGGUCUUCUUGCUUUUCGUCCCGUUUGGGCUGUGCAACUUCCUCCUGUGGCACGCGAGGGCCGUUCAGUUGUUGAGCAACUUCCUGUACGCCUUGAACCUGGCCGGGCGACCCCUGCUCACGGCCUGCAUCUGUCUGGACUGCUUCCUGGCCGUGGUCCAUCCCGUCACCUACCACACCAGGAAGAGUCUGACCCCGCGGUUCCUCAUGGCCGCCGUCGUGUGGGCUGUCACGGCGGCCCAGGGAGUGGCGGCCGUGGCGGCGGAGGAGCUGAUCCACAGCGCCUGGGCCAUGGUCGUUUACGUGGUGGCGCUGCCAGUCAUCGUCACGUGCGACGUCUCCAUCCUCAGGACUCUGAAGAGGCCCGUCUGUGCGGGCGGAGGCCUCCACCCCGCGAAGAAGAAGGCCCUCCAGAUCAUCACCAACAGCGUGGUCAUGACCGUCAUCUCGUACGUCCCCCCGCCCCUGGCGUACGUCUCGGGCAAUCUGACCAUCAGUGACGACAAAGUGUACGAAUGUUUUUUGGCGAUACCUAUCCUGGUAACCCCGACUGCAGGGAGUGCGAUCAUGCCUCUGCUCUACUUGGGGAAUCUGGGGGGCGUGAAGCCCCCCUGCUGUCGGGCGUGA